AUGGAGAUUGUUACUGCAUUUAUUAAAGAAUUUGUUGAGCCACUCAUGGUUCCAGUUAAGAAACACUUAGGCUACAUGAUUUCAUGCACAAAAUAUGUAAGGGACAUGAGUAUAAAAAUGAGAGAAUUAAAUGUUGCAAGACAAGGUGUUGAAGACCACUUGAAGUGGAACACAAGAACCCGUCUUAAGAAUUCUGUCCAAGUCAGGAAAUGGCUGGAAGACGUAGGACAGAUCAAUGAAAAAGUGGAGAACAUUUCAAAUAAUAUAAAUAAUGUUGGUAGUUGUUUCAAUCUGAAGGAUAGGCACAUGCUCGGAAAAAAAGUCUCCAGUCUAAUUGAGGACAUUGAUAGUGCAAAAACACAACACUCUCUCAUUGAUUGGACCAAUUAUCCAAUUCCUCUUGGAAAAGUUGAUUCCAUGAUGAUACCCACCUCUAUUCGACUAAGUCAUCACAAUGACUUCCAGUCAAGAAUUCCGACUUUCAUUGAAGCACUAAAAGCUCUAGGACCUAAUCAUAAAUCUCACAUGAUAGCCUUAUGGGGGAUGGGCGGAGUGGGGAAGACGACAAUGAUGCAAAUGAUAAAAAGGGCUGUUAAAGAAAAGAAAAUGUUCAAUUUUAUUGUUGAGGCAGUUGUAGGUGAAAAGACAGAACCACAUGAUAUUCAGGAAGCUGUAGCAAAUUACCUCGGUAUAGAACUAAAAGAAAACACCCAACCAGCAAGAGCUGAGAAGCUUCGUGAAAGUUUUGAGGCCAUUUCAGAUGGAGGAAAGAAUAAGUUCCUCAUAAUAUUGGAUGAUGUAUGGCAGUCUGUUGAUAUGGAAGACAUUGGGUUAAGUCCUUUACCAAAUCAAGGCGUCAACUUCAAGGUUUUGAUGACUUCACGAAAUAGGGACGUUUGCACUAAGAUGGGAGUUGAAACUAAUUCAAUUCUCAACGUAAAAAUCUUAACAGAAGAAGAAUCACAAGGUUUCUUCCGCCAAUUUGUAGAACUCUCAAAUGAUGUUGAUCCCGAGCUCAAUAAGAUAGGUGAAGAUAUUGUUAGCAAGUGUUGUGGUUUACCAAUUGCUAUCAAAACCAUGGUCUGUACUCUAAGAAAUAAGAGCAAGGAUGCAUGGAACGAUGCACUUUCUCGUUUAGAGCACCAUGACAUUCACAAUGUUGUCCCUAAAGUCUUCGAAAUGAGCUAUGAUAAUCUUCAAGGCCAGGAGACUAAAUCCAUCUUUUUACUUUGUGGUUUGUUUCCUGAAGACUUUGAUAUUCCUACCGAAGACUUGGUGAAGUACGGAUUGGGAUUGAAACUAUUUAGCAGAGUGUAUACUAUAAUUCAAGCAAGAACAAGGCUGAACGCUUGCAUUGAGCGGCUAAUGCAUACAAAUUUGUUGAUCAAAAGUGAUAAAGUUGACUGCGUCAAGAUGCACGAUCUGGUGCAUGCUUUUGUUUUGGAUAUGUUCUCUGCAGUUGAUCAUUCUUCGAUUGUUAGUCAAAGUACCAUGUCAGGGUGGCCUGAAAGUGAUAUUAGUGUACGAUCUUGCAAAAGAAUUUCACUAACAUGCAAGGGUAUGUCUGAGUUCCCUAGAGACCUCAAGUUUAGAAACCUCUCACUUUUGAAACUUAUGCAUGGCGAUAAGUCAUUGCGGUUUCCUAGAGACUUUUAUGAAGAAAUGGAAAAUCUUCAGGCGCGUUGUUCAACAUAG